UUCUCUUCAGUUCGCCUUUGACUCCAUUGGGGAAUGGUGGGAGGAUGUGAAAGGUAGCACUAAGUCAUUUUUCAUAGAGGAAGGUACAAGAGUAGCAAGAGGAAAGGCUUCAUUUAUUAUCUCAUGCUGGCUGGGAUGUAGCCGAUGAAAUAACUAUGCUAAAAAGAGAAAUUUUAAACGCCUCCGUAUCAGCUAGCCAUGGCUUGCUAACACGUAGCAGAUUACAACAUAUAGAAGCAAAUUAAAAAUGAACUUUUUUUUUUUUUUUUUCAGAAAACUAGCACAACCUAGAAAUGUCAUUGAAGCACUUUACGAGAGGAAUGGUAAUGAAAAGACUGAAAUGAAUGAUAUACUUACCUGUGUUCACUCCUUUUACUCCGAUCUCUACAGAUCUGAGGAGUUAGAUGAAACAGCCAUGUCACAGCUACUGUCAAAAAUAAAUAAAAAAGCAGUAGAAGCAACUAUAGGAGGAAAUGCCUACCAGCACAGCAGAGUGAACCAGUGGACCACCAGCGUGGCGGAGCAGUGCCUCAGACAUCUCAGCAAGCUGGGGAAGCCUUUUAAAUAUAUUGUAACCUGUAUCAUCAUGCAGAAAAAUGGGGCAGGUCUACAAACAGCCAGCACGUGCUUCUGGGAUAACUCCACUGAUGGAAGCUGUUCGGUGAGAUGGGAGAACAAGUCCAUGUACUGUAUCGUCAGUGUUUUUGGGCUGGCCAUCUGAGCCAACUACAACAUACCUAGG